GCGGCGGGAGGGAUGGAGCGGGGCGGGGGGAUGCGGGGCGGCGCGGAGACGGCCGCGGCGCUGCAGAGCGGCUGGGGCGGCGGCGCGGCUCCCGGCGCUCCCCCCGGCGCCCGCCCCGACCCGGUGAGGGCCCGGCCGCGAGGCCCCGGAGCCAUGGGCUGCAUCGGCUCCCGGACCGUGGGGAACGAAGUGAUUGCGGUGGACUGGAAGGGACUGAAGGAUGUGGAGCAGAUCAACAUGGAUAGCACCAGUUCCCUGCAUGGCAGCAGCCUGCACCGGACGUCCACCGAGCAAACCAGAACCGACUUCUCCUGGGAUGGUAUCAAUCUCUCCAUGGAGGACACCACUUCCAUUCUCCCGAAGCUCAAGCGCAACUCAAAUGCCUACGGCAUAGGGGCCCUGGCCAAGUCUUCAUUCUCAGGGAUUUCGCGAAGCAUGAAGGACCACGUGACAAAGCCCACGGCUAUGGGCCAAGGCCGGGUGGCCCACAUGAUCGAGUGGCAGGGCUGGGGCAAGGCACCGGCUAUCCAGCCGCAGCACAGCCACGAAGCCGUGCGCCGGGACACCGACGCCUACUCCGACCUCAGCGACGGCGAGAAGGAGGCGCGCUUCCUCGCAGGCGUCAUGGAGCAAUUUGCCAUCUCCGAGGCCACCCUCAUGGCCUGGUCAUCCAUGGACGGUGAGGACCUGAGUGUCAAUUCCGCCCAGGAGCCUCUGGGUUGCAACUACAGUGACAACUACCAGGAGCUGCUGGAGAGUCAGGAGGCCCUCGCUCAAGGUCCCCUGGAUGGAUGGCCGCACUCCUACGUGUCCCAGGGCAUGUACUGCCUGGGGUCGUCAGACGCCUGGGAAGCCAGUGACCAGUCCCUCAUUGCCUCUCCAGCCACUGGGUCCUACCUUGGUCCUGCCUUUGACGACUCCCAACCCAGCUUGCACGAGAUGGCGCCUUCCCAACCGCCUCUGGGAUACUCGACUCAGGAGCCCCCACCUUUCCUUGGGGGGGACACUGACUGGGUGCCGGGGGUGGGCGCGGUGGACCUGGCAAGGGGCCAGGAUGAGGAAGAGAAGAGGCCGCUGGCGCCCGAGGAGGAGGAGGACGCGGGGUGCCGGGACCUGGAGUCGCUCUCGCCCCGAGAAGAGCCCGAGGUUUCCACGGCACUUAGCCGGAAGGUGUCCGACGUCACGUCCUCAGGGGUGCAGUCCUUCGACGAGGAGGAAGGCGAGGCCAACAACUGAGGCCACCCCAGCCUCUUUCCACAGAGGGGAGUGAGCCCUGGC